AUGGUUGCCGAAACAAAGCUAUACGACUCCCUCGGCAUCAAACCCGAUGCCACUCAAGAUGAAAUCAAAAAGGCCUACCGAAAAGCCGCGCUGAAAUACCAUCCGGACAAGAACAAGAAUGACCCCAAGGCUGCGGAGAAGUUCAAAGAUGUCUCCCAAGCCUACGAGGUCCUCUCCGAUCCCGAGAAACGCAAGGUUUACGACCAAUUCGGUCUCGAGUACCUCCUCCGCGGCGGUCCUCCCCCCAGUGCCGGCGGCCCAGGCGGCUUCGAAGGCUUCGAGGGUGGUAUGCCCGGCGGCUUCGCCUUCGGCGGCAUGCCUGGUGGAGGCGGCGGCGGCGGCACCCGUACCUUCCACUUCUCGACCGGCCCCGGCGGCGGCGGCGGCGGCGGCGGUGGCUUCCGCUUCAGUUCUGCGGAUGAUAUCUUCCGGAACUUCGCCAAGGCGAGUGGCGGAGGCGGCGGGGGCGGCGGUGGGAUGGACGACGAUCUGUUCAAUAUCCUCGGCGGCGGGCUAGGCGGCGGUGGUGGACGGGGCUUCCGUGCGAGCCGUGGGCCUGGGGGUGCGGGUGCAGGCGGGUUCCCGUCGGCGCACCGCGCGCCAACACCGGAGCCGACGGUCGUGGAGAAGGAGCUACCGCUGACACUCGAGGAGAUCUUCAAGGGUACAACGAAGAAGGUGACGGUGAAGAGCAAGACGUUCGAUGCGAGCGGGAAGCGCACCGUCCAGGAUGUGACGCUGGAAGCCAACAUCAAGCCUGGUCUCCGGACGGGCUCGAAGAUCAAGUAUCGUGGUGUGGGCGACCAGGAGGAGGGUGGACGGCAGGACGUCCAUCUCAUCGUGACAGAGAAACCCAACCCCAACUUCAAACGCCAGGGUGACAAUCUCAUCACCACCGUCGAGCUCUCCCUGAAAGAAGCCCUCACCGGCUGGGAACGCAUCGUGCGCACCAUCGACGGCAAAUCCAUCCGCGUCUCCAAGCCCGGUCCCACACAGCCCGGCCACGAGGAGAAAUUCCCCGGCCUGGGCAUGACGAUAUCCAAGAAGCCGACCGACCGCGGCGACCUCGUCGUCCGCGUCAACGUCAAGUUCCCUGCGACACUGACAACUUCACAGAAGGAUAUCCUGAAGGAUGUGCUGCCGUGA